AUGAAAAAACUGGUGAAAACGAGUAAAAAAAUUGAAUCAUUAACCAAGGCACAAUUCCAAUUUGAAAAGAAACAAUUAAUGACCAUUGUUGUUAAAUACAUUUCAACAAAGAUUGUUAAUUCAUUCCCACCUGAAAAUCCUAGAAAUAUUAAAUCGGACGAAUUACCUCUUGAUAAAUUUUUAUUAAUAUUGGUGAGUCGUUUACAAUUAUCAAUAAGUAAUUUCAUGAAGGGAGUCAUUUACCUCUUUCGUUAUAUGGAUAUAAUUUAUUUAUUGAGGUAUUUAAAUCAAUCUAAUAAUUUUGCUAAUUAUAAUGAAAUGGAUUUUGAAUUGAAAAAAUUAAUUGUUGGUUGUUUCAAGCUUACUCUUAUCAGAGAACGUGUUUCCAAAAACUGGAAUCAAGUGACUGGCUUAUCUAAUAAUGAAAUUAAUCGGGUUGUUAAAACCAUUGUUGGUAGAUUAAAUGGUAAAUUAUUGAUUAAAGAUAUCGAAUUGGUUAAAUUGAAGCUGGAAAUUUUCAGAUUUGUCAAAAUGGUUACCAAUAGGAUUUAA